UGUCCCUGGUUGCCGUGGCGAUGCUCUGGUUCCUGGUCCGGGUCCUGGUCCCGGAUCUCCGGCCCCCCCGGUCCCGGGUCCCCUGCCUGCCCUGGGUCCCGGUCCUGGGCAGCCUCCCCUGGCUGGGGGGGCUGGGGGGUGCCGCCCUGCCCCCUCACCUGCUGUUCUCCCGGCUGGCCCUCAGGUACGGACGCCUGUUCGCGCUCUACGUCGGCCCCCAUUACACGCUGGUGGUGAACGACCACCAACACGCCAGAGAGGUUCUUCUGCAGAGAGGAAGGGACUUCGCCGGACGACCGAGGAUGGUCACCACUGACCUUCUCACCCGCGGCGGUAAAGACAUCGCCUUCGCCGACUACUCGCCCCUCUGGAAGCUGCACCGCCGCCUCGUCCACAACUCCUUCGCCCUGUUCGGGGAGGGAAGCAGCCGCCUGCAGGACAUCGUCCUGUCUGCAGUGGACAGCCUGGUCCUGGAGCUGCUGUCCAACCGGACCGGGGACCUGGACCAAGACCGGGACCUGGACCAGGACCCGGGUCCCGCGGUGACCAGGGCCGUCACCAACGUGGUCUGCAGGCUGGUGUUCAGGGGCAGCUAUCGCCACGGCGACACCGAGCUGCAGGAGGUCAUGGACUACAACGAGGGCAUCGUGGAGACGAUCGCUAGGGGGGGACUGGUGGACGUCUUCCCCUGGAUCCAGGUCUUUCCAAACCCGUCUCUCCGGAGGUUGAAGUCCUGCAUCGCCGUCAGAGACCGACUCCUGACCCAGAAGCUGCAGGAGCACAAGGCGGCGCUGGAAGACGGAGAUCCCACCGACCUGCUGGAUGCCUUGCUCAAGGGCCAGACGGGCGGUGACGGUGGGCGGGGCCAGCAGACGGACGAUGGGCGGGGCCAGCAGGAGGGGGCGGGGCUAACGGACGACCACGUGCUGAUGACGGCGGCCGAAGCCUUCGGGGCCGGAGUGGAGACGACGUCCACCACGCUACUGUGGAUCCUGGCCUACCUGCUGCACCACCCGGAGGUCCAGGAGCGCGUGCAGAAGGAGCUGGACGAGCAGGUGGGCAGCGACCGUGCGGUGAGCGUGGCCGACCGCGGCCGGCUGCCGUACCUGGACUCCGUCAUCAAUGAGGGCCUGAGGAUCCGGCCCGUCAGCCCCGUGCUGAUCCCGCACACGGCCCUGAAAGACAGCAGGUAG